UGCAAUCAUCUGCAGGUUGUUUAACAAGUAUUAAGCGUUUUGAAUAGACAAUCUCUGUGACAUAAACUUGAACGAAAUCUGGAAGGAGAAGCACGGUCUCAUUGUUCUUGGAAUGGUCACAUGAAAGGGUAAAAUCAGGAUUAUUUGAAAGGCAAUGAUCAUAUCUUCAUCGGCGGCAGUAAUUAAUCGUGUUUAUUUGACGAAUCUUUCUCUUUGUCCUGCGAGAACAACCGAACAUACAUCUCCUUAGACUCCGGCCGCAAAUACCAUGUUCUGUCCAUCGAUUACGUCAACAACUACAUCCGUGUUUCUAAUGCCCGCAUAGAUAAGUCAUGCUCCUCUCUCCUCCAUUACUCUGAAAGAUUUGAUCGAUUCGUAUCAAAUCAUUAUUAUUACCCGGAAUCUUUCAGUUUACAAACAUCAAUAAUAUUCUUGAGGUGUGAAAUUCCAAUAAAAGUUCGAUAUGUUGACAGCUACAUUGAUUACCUAUACGUCGAUGUUUCGGCUUCCUGCAUUAAUCAUGAAUCACUAUUCAAUAUGUCGGCAAAGCGAUUUUAUGUGUACUCAAUCCUAGGAUUAACUACACAAUUGAGAGACAUUGGAAACUCUUGUACAGUGGAAACCAUGACUUUUAGCUCUGAUCCCAGAUUAAUGCAGAUGGUUCGUGAUAGUAAAAUAAUUUCCUUUGAAGACAUACACAAUGCUUUAACAUUUGGGUUUGUUGUUUCUUGGCGAUUCCCACCCUGCGGGGAUUGUGAGAAAAGAGUGUCGUGUUUGGGAUAUUCUCCUAAUAUUUGCUCCAACAUUGCCCAAGAUCACUGCUCCAACAAGCCAGCAUUUCUUAGAUUUAUUUAUUUUGAUUACUUCUGGCACCAUGUCAUUUCUCCAACGGUUCUACAUAUCAGAUACUUGGGAAAAUGGAUUGAAAGAAAUACUGGAGAUUGGCCGGACCCUAAAAAAUAUUUUUGGUGUAAGUCUAUUUAUUAUCAUAGACUUGAGUACUUUUCUAUCUGAGGGCUUUACUUACAUUCUUCCUUAAUACAGAUUCCUUGAUUUUUCUCCUGAUAAUCUCAGGUAAAACUUCAUUUAAUUCCUAUGAAAAUGGUUUAUAUAUUAACAUA